AUGGAAGAUAUUAAUGGGGUUUCAAUUGAAGAGAAGGAGUUCAGUGAUACAGAUUAUGAUCUUCAAUCUGGUAAUGAGGAUUAUCAACAAUUUAUGGAUGAACAGAGAAAAAAUAAAGGGGACAUACCAUGGGAUACACCAUCUUUUUCUCAGGGUGUUGUAGAAGGAGUUGUUGAAAAAGAUUGUGAAUCAGAUGAUGAAAAUUCUGAGGAGUUAUUCACAGAUCCAGAAUCAGAUGGUGAUGAUAAACCUAGGGCUGUGGAGUUUAAUGAAGAGAAGGAACUAUACAACCCAAGCUUAAAGGUUGGAAUGCUGUUUAGGGAUUUUGAGCAGUUGAAGAAGGCAUGCAGAAAUUGGGGAAUUAAGAAUAGAUUUCAGGUGUGGUUCCCACAAAAUGAUAAAAAGAGAGUGAUUUGUGCAUGCCAUUACAAACAAUGCUCUUUUAGGAUUUAUGCAGCUCGCAUGAGCAAAGACAAUCCAUCAGUGCAAAUCAAGAAUGCCAAUUUUGAUCACACAUGUGGAAAGGUUUUCACCAAUUUUCAUGUUACUUCAAGGUGGCUUGCUGUUAAAUAUCUUGACAAAUUUAGGGCUGAUCCAAUCUGGAUCUACAAUGGGAUAAUUAAACAAGUUAAAGAUGACCAUGGUUUUACAAUCUCUAUUAUGAAAGCUUGGAGAACCAAAAAUUUGGCAAUGAAGUGGGUCAAUGGAGAUGAAGCUGAGCAAUACACAAAGCUUAUUAGGUAUGUAGCUGAGCUUAGGCAGAGUAAUCCAGUGACGACAGUGAUAUUAUGGAGGGAUGAAGGUUGUAGGCCAUUUAUAGGCCUUGAUGGUUGUUUUUUGAAAGGUCUAUAUGAUGGGCAAGUGCUAUCUGCAGUAGGGAUUGACCUGAACGAUUGUAUUUUUCCAAUUGCUUAUGCAGUGGUUUUGAUUGAAAACAGAGAAAGUUGGACUUGGUUUAUGGAGGCUUUAAGGGAUGAUUUGGAGAUUUGGAAUAGCAAAUAUGUCACCAUAAUGAGUGAUCGGCAAAAGGGAUUAAAAAGGGCUGUUGAAGAAGUGUUUCCAGAUGCAGAACAUAGAAAUUGUGUUAGACACAUCUACACAAAUUUCGGGGAGAAAUUCAGAGGUAAAGCCUUAAAGGAUUUUCUAUGGAAUGCUGCAAGGGCAAUGUAUGUACAGAGAUUUAACUAUUGGCUUGGAGUAAUAGAGAAAGAAAAUCCAAAUGCUAGAAAAUGGCUUGACCAUCAAGACAAACCAUAUGCAAGCUGGACUAGGGCAUUGUUCUCUACUUCAAGUAAGUGUGACAUCCUUUUGAACAACAUUUGUGAGUGCUUUAAUAGGUAUAUACUUGAUGCAAGAGAUAAGGGAAUCAUCACAAUGCUUGAGAUGAUCAAGGUGAAGUUGAAGAGGAGAAUGAAAAAAAAGAAAGAACAGAUGUUGAAGUACAAGGGCAAUAUAUGCCCAAAAAUUCAAAAGAAACUUGAUAAGAUGAAAGAAGAGUCACAAUACUACACACCAGAUUUUUCAGGAUUACCUUGCUCUCAUGGAAUCAGUGCAAUAUAUGGGAACAAUCAGCAGCUAGAGGAAUUUCUGCAUGCCUCCUAUUUGGUGUCCACUUACAUGCGGGUAUAUGAGCAUUACAUAAACCCUACCAAUAAUGAAGAGCUUUGGCCAGAAGUUAAUGAUGGAACAAGAGUGAUCCCACCUCCAAUUGGGAGAAGACAAAAGGGAAGGAAAGCAAAAGCAAGAAGAAAAGAGCCUGAAGAGAUUGAAAAUUCCUUAAAGGAGGCAACAUCUAAUUCCAUAACUUCUAGGAAAGGCAAACAAAAAUUAGCCCGAAAAGGGUUAAGCACAGUUAGAUGUACAAUAUGUCAUGUAGAAGGCCACAACAAAAGGCAUCAUGAGAAAAGGAGAAGAAGUAUUGAGUCUACUGCUCUAGUAAAUAUGUCAAGUGGCAGUAUUGCAGCUACCAAUGAGUCAAGUCAACAUCAAGACAUUCUAGGUACCCAACAAUAUCAAACAAGACAGCCUAGUGACAUUACACGCCAGGGACCAGCACUCAGUGUCAACAUAAGCAUGUCCAGUAAUGUUCAUGUUGGUAACUUGGGUAAUGUGACAUAUUGCAUAAGGCUACCUAAAUAUCCACCUGCAAAUAGGGUUUCUUCAGAAGACAAGGGGGCUUCUUCACCUGACAAGGGUACUAAGGAACUAGAUUGUUUUCAUGGAAGAUUGAUUUGA